AUUUGUUUAAUAUUAAAAUUUAACAUUAUUUUUGUAAUUUAUAUAUGCCUAACCCAGACGAAGGCUCAGAAUCUUCUAGCGAAGAUGAAUACGGACCAGCCCCUAUUCCAGCACCAAAAAAGAAAAAGAAGGUUGAGUUCGAUGAUUCCUUCUAUUUAAGCCACUUCCCGUUUGCAAAUUUUUAUAGCAGAAGCUAUACACAUAGAACAUUCGUAAAACAUGUUGUUUCAAGCCAAACAACCCGUUACAUAGCAACGGGUAGUGAUGAUGGAUGCAUUAAGUUCUGGUACUACGAUACAGAUGGAGUUCAGUUUGUAAAACAUUUGACUGCACAUACAAGCUCCAUAAUACAGAUGAGAUCUUCACUAGACGGACUUCACCUAGGUUGUAUCUCGUACGAUAAGACUUAUAAACAUAUCGACUUCCAGUCGUUUGACCUUGUAAACAUAAUAAAACUUGAAUUUGUACCCAUUUGUCUGGAGUUUAUAACAUCAGAAACGUCGCCACAUCCAGUUGUUUCAAUAUUAAAUUCAAACCAAGAAGUACACAUUUUUAAGCCUACACUUCAAUCGACGAUGGUCCAGAAGUUUGAAAUCGGAACAAAAAGUCCACACAUCAUGCUUUUUAACCCAAAAGCUGGAGUGUGCUUGACGGCAAACAGGUUAGGGGAUGUAGAUUUGUACGAUGUGGAAACAUUUAAGUUCCCCAAAUAUUCAGAAGAAUUCAGAGUGAGAAUGAAGAGUGAUACAGAUUUAUAUGAAAUAAGAAAGUAUAAUACUCAUGUUGUGUCAAUGUGUUUAUCGCCAAAUUUCAACCUAGUAGCAAUGUAUUGCCAUGAUGGCAUGAUAAGAAUAUUCCGAUUCGCAACAAUGAAGCUAUUCAGAGUUUAUGACGAGACAGUAACAAUGUACUCAGUGGCGCAGACUGACCCAAAUCAGUCCAUUUUACACUUUGAUCCAGCAGAUUUCUUGAGAAGACAGUCAAUUGAGAACGAAAUAAACAAAGCAGGAAAAGAUGAGGGGGAAUACAUGAAUUUGUUAUUUGACUCUUCCUCAAAUUAUCUAAUAUACCCAUCUAUGCUAGGAGUGAAGAUUGUGAAUAUAGUAACUAAUAAGUUGGUGAGAGUGAUUGGUAAAUCAGAAGCGUCUUUAAGGUAUAUGAAAAUAUCUCUAUUACAACAUGUAUUGGAUAAGAAACGUUAUAAGCCGUCAAUUGACUCAAACGAUGAUGUGUUGCCGCCAAUAUUGAUAACGACAUCAUUUCAAAAGUCAAAAAUAUAUAUUUUCACCGAGAAGGAUCCAGACGAUGAAGAAAUGGAGACAAGAGAUGUAUAUAGUGAGCAGCCCACCGAGGGGGAGAAGGGCGAAAAAACAGUUGUCGACAAGGGAGGAAAGCUGGCUAAGGAGGCGAUAAUUCAUACAAAUAAGGGUGAUAUUCAUGUAAAGUUAUUUUUGAAUGAGUGCAAAAAGACAGUGGAGAACUUCACAGUCCACUCACUAAACGGAUAUUAUAACGGGUGCACUUUCCACAGAGUUAUAAAAAAUUUUAUGAUCCAGGGAGGAGAUCCAACAGGAGAUGGAACAGGAGGAGAGUCGAUUUGGGGCAGCGAGUUUGAAGAUGAAAUACACCCGUCACUGAAGCACGACAGACCAUUCACGCUGUCAAUGGCAAACUCAGGCCCAAAUACUAAUGGAUCCCAAUUUUUCAUAACGACAGUCCCUUGUCCCUGGUUAGAUGGAAAGCACACAGUAUUCGGAAGAGUGACGAGCGGAAUGGAAAUAGUACAAACAAUAGAAAAGGUUCCGACAAACAAGGACGAUAAGCCAUUAACAGAUGUCAUCAUAGUAAACAUUAAGCCCAUAAUGUAAUGUAAUAUAAUUUUAA